AUGUUUCGACGAACCUUGAUUGCCGCACCCCGCGCGGCGGGAAGAGUAUUAUCCGCGACAGCUCGACCUGCCUCAAGGCCUAUCACAUCCCCUAUCACAAACGGAAUCGCGAUUUCGGGUCGACGACAAUAUCAUGAGAAGGUGCUAGACCACUACUCGCGCCCCAGGAAUAUUGGCAGCAUGCCGAAGACCGAUACGGAUGUUGGCACGGGACUUGUUGGUGCGCCAGCAUGUGGCGAUGUCAUGAAGCUCCAGAUCCGCGUGGAUCCCACAAACAAUACAAUUUCCGAUGUCAAAUUCAAGACGUUUGGCUGUGGUUCAGCCAUUGCCUCGUCUUCAUAUCUCACCGAGUUGGUCCAAGGCAUGACUUUGGACGAAGCUGGUCGAAUUCGGAAUACAGAAAUCGCGAAGGAAUUAUGUCUACCACCUGUUAAGCUGCAUUGCUCUAUGCUUGCUGAAGAUGCUAUCAAAUCUGCUAUCUCAAAUUACUACACGAAAAACCCAAAUGCUCGCUCUACCGAUCUCGGCGGAACUGGUGCGAACGUACCAAAGAUUGACGUAGGAACUAUCAUGGAACCUUCGUCGUCUCAGACGGCAACCGCAUGA